AAUGCGUUCAUCGAGACUAUGGCUACGGGUCUACAGUCUGUGUCUGUAAUGCCAAACAUUGCGAUGAUUUGGAUCCGAUUGAGAAGACACCCAAAGGUGUGGUCACUGUCUUCGAGACGAGUAAAAGUGGUCAUCGAUUCGACAAAACGGAACUCAAGUUUGGAUCAAAGUCUGCGAUCAGAGCCGCAAAAUCGCAGACAAUAACUGUCGACAAAAGUAAAGGCGUUUAUCAGAAGAUCAUAGGAUUCGGCGGUGCGUUCACAGACGCCGCCGGACUUAACAUCAAAACACUUCCCCAAACUCUUCAAAACCAUAUAAUUAACGACUAUUUCAGUGAAUCGGGAAUUGAGUACACUUUGGGACGGAUACCGAUCGGGGGCUCAGAUUUCUCAACACAUGCCUAUACUUAUGACGAUAAAUUCAAAGACGAUUUUGAAUUCAAACACUGGAACCUUACCGCAGAAGACAUCGAUUAUAAGUUACCAUAUUUGAAAAGUGCAUUAAAAACCAGUCUGAACAAGGUGAGAUUCUUUGGCAGCACGUGGUCGCCCCCGGCGUGGCUUAAAAACAACUCAGAAAUAAUUGACGGCGGCUUUAUUAUUGGACAACCCGGUGGCAAACAUUACAAAGCCUACGCCAACUACCUUGUUAAGUUAGCAA